AUGGGAGGACAGCCUGAGGGAAUGCAUCUGAUUUUGGAAAGGACUGAAGGAUGUAUUUCAUCACAAGCUGUGCAAAGUAGGGGCAUCAAAAAGGCCACGCCAGAAGAACUAUGCGUUACUUUAUCUGAUAAAAAGGGGUGCUUUGCUUGCAAUGAGAGGUCACACAACUUGGAUCAGUGCAAGAUAAAGUACAAACUUGUUUCUGCAGCACAUCAAUUUGGUUAUGCUACAAAAUUCCCAUUUACCGUUAUUUGGCCUUCAGAUGAGAUGGUUGAAAAGAAGAAAUUUUACCAUCAUUGCAUUCUCAUCAAAUCUAAUGUCACUAACUUGGACAAGGGUAUAUUGAAAGAUGAACUCAAGAUGUUUUGGAAGCUUUCUGGCGAUUGGGAGUUAAGGAGAGAAUGCAAUAUGACUUUCAUGGCCUCCUUCAGCUCGGAGGAUGACGUAAUAAGUUGUUUAAAGAACCCUAAGAUUGAAACAUUACUUCAGAAUAAGGAGGUGCAAUUGACUAUAACAAGGUGGAAGGAAAGCGACGAUGGAAGUCUUGACUUGGUUGAAGAGUGGCUUUUAGUGUGUGGGAUCCCAAGAAUAUAUAGAAACUGGAAGGAGUUAUAUCAGGUUGCUUCUGCAUUUGGAGUGUUGAUGGAUGUGGAUGAGGAAAGUUUGGAAGUUGGAGAUAAGGAGUCUAUUAGGCUGAAGACAGCGUUCAGAAGUUUUGACGGUGCUCCUUUCUCUUACUACUUUGCAUUUGGAUGGUCUUCAAAACUAGUAAUGGUCACAGCAGUACAAGACAAAACAGAAGGUAUGAAACAUAGAAAUAAAGAGUUAGACAAGGAGCAUAAAAAGGAACUGCAUGCAGCAAAAAGUAUAUUGCUAGAAGAGCCGAAGGGCAUUGAAGAGUCAAGAUCAAAUGGAAAGGCCAAAGAAAACAAAAUAAGUGCUCCAGCAGCCACAAUAACAAACUCUGAGAUAACAAUAACAGAGAGUUCAAAACCCAUAGCCCCAAGUCAACGAAGCAUGACUGGAGAAGAGCAUUUCAGAGGUAUACAAAAGCCGAAGGGCAUUGAAGAGUCAAGAUCAAAUGGAAAGGCUAAAGAAAACAAAAUAAGUGCUCCAGCAGCCACAAUAACAAACUCUGAGAAAACAGUAACAGAAAGUAUAGUUCUGGAAGAGCCGAAGGGCAUUGAAGAGUCAAGAUCAAAUGGAAAGGCUAAAGAAAACAAAAUAAGUGCUCCAGCAGCCACAAUAACAAACUCUGAGAAAACAGCAACAGAAAGUUCAAAACCUGAAGGGGUGCAAUCCAUUGGCCCAAGUCCACGAAGCAUGAUUGGAGAAGAGCACUUCAGAGGUAUACAAAAGCCUCCUAUCAAAUAUGUAUUCAAAAGGAGAGGUAAGAAGCAGCAAGUUACUGAAGCAAUAAACAAGAGCUCAUCAAAUAAAAUGGAUAAAGAAGUGGCUCCACAUAGCAGCAGUAAUGCCACAAGGACUGGAGCUUCAACUGGAUGUGAUAUGCUGGAUCAAAAAGAUUGUUCAAAAAUGGAACCCAAGAGGAAACUGAAUUUGGAAGAAAUAACUCCAGUAGGGGAAAGUACAAAGGCCGAAAAGCUUGGAGCAUGCAGAGAUACUGAAUACAAUAAUGUAGCUGCCCCUACAAUCAACUCGAAGAAGACACAAAUAUUAGGAGACACAUCAAGAAAUCCGAGAUAUGAGUUGAUCACUAAACAUACCAAAGGAGUUGGGAUGGAUCAAAUGGGAUCUGGUGUUCAAGGUCACCAAAAAGAUGCACCCAAAAUGGACACACGGCUACUUCCAAGUUCCGAGGAAGUUGUUAUCUAUGACAGUUUCAGUGAGAUGGGUCUUCAGGAGAAUCUACUCAAGGGAAUAUAUAAAUAUGGUCUGGGGAAGCCUUCCGUGGUCCAUCAAAGAGGAAUCGUGCCGUUAUGCAAGGGCUUUAGUGUGAUCCAUCGAUCUUUGUCUGGAACAACUGAGACAAUUUGCACCGGUGUACUGCAGCGACUUGAUUAUGGAUCUGCAGAAUGCCAGGCUUUGAUCCUUGUACCAACACCCAACUUAGCACAAGAGACCGUGAAAAUUAUUGGAGCACUUGGUCAGUUCCUUGGUGUUACAGCUCAAACUUGUACAGGAGGAACAAGUGCCCAUGCAUACCAGCAAACUAUGUCAAGGAGAGUUCAGGUUUUAGUUGGCACCCAUGAUUGCAUUCUUGACGUGCUGCAAAGGCAUGCAUUGUCUCCAGACCACAUUAGAAUGCUUUUUUUGGAUGAAGCAGAUGAACUACUCACAGGAGGUUCCAAGGACCAGAUCUAUAAUAUUAUCCUGCAUCUCCCAAAGAAAAUUCAGGUUGGGCUCUUCUCUGCUACCUAUUCCAAUGAAGGUAGACAGACUAGCUAUAGAUUAUUCAUGGAUAAGCCUGUGGAAGUCAUUGUCCCAAGAGAUGAAGAACUAAAGAAUGUCAAGCAGUACUAUCUGACAGUUGAGAAUGAAGAACUGAAGCUAGUAAAACUGUAUGAUCUUUGCAAGAUCACAGGGGUUGAACAACGACUUAUCAUCUAUGUGAACACAAAGGAUAAGGCCGUGUCCCUCGCAAAAGAUGUUGGCAAGCAUUACACUGUCUCGGCAAGCCAUGAUGGCAUGGAUCAGCGUGCCAGGGCCACGGCCAUCCAGAAGUUGAAGUCUGGGUCAUCCAGUAUUCUCAUAACCACUGACCAUCGAGGCACCAGUGCAAUACCGCAGGUUCCCAUUAUCAUCAACUAUGAUAUUCCAACAGAAUCUAUGCGAUACGUCCGUCGUCUUCAGCAGCAAAACAGACAGUUCAGGCAGCCAGUAAGUGUGGUCAUUAAUUUGGUAACUCCUUCUGAUCGACGCACCCUCACUGCCAUCACGAGAUUUUGCAAUAGAUCCGUGGGGGAGCUACCCUCCGACCUGAAAAUCUGA